AUGACCAUCGCGAAAGUCCUUACGGCAGUCGUGUCGUGCGCGACGGCGCUCAUGCUCGUGCACAUCAUUCCCGACCUUCUCUCCGUGAAAACCCGCGAGCUGUUCUUAAAGAAUAAAGCGGCCGAGCUGGAUCGCGAAAUGGGAUUAAUCCGCACGCAGGAGGAGACGGGGCGGCACGUGCGCAUGCUGACGCACGAGAUCCGGUCGUCGCUGGACCGCCCGACGAUUCUCAACACGACGCUGGUGGAGCUGGGUCGCACGCUGCAGCUCGACGAGUGCGCGCUCUGGAUGCCCGCCAACCUCGCGGGCGACGAAGACGAGGACGGCGGCGGGUCCCCAUCGGACCUGCAGCUCAUUCACACGCUGCAUCAGCCCAAGCCCCCGCCAGUCACCGUAACGCUCGCCCACCCCACAGUGAAGCAGGUCUUCAGCACCAGCCGCGCCGUCGUCAUCUCGCCCAACUCGCCCGUCACCGCCAUCCCGGGCGGCGGCGGGCGGGCGGGCGGCAACCGCUACGUGGCCGGCGACGUGGUCGCGGUGCGCAUCCCUCUCCUCCACGCCAACACGUUCACGGGCGGCGGGGCGGGUGGCGCGGGCGGCAACGACUGGCAGGACUCGCGGGAGAGGAGCUACGCUCUGCUCGUCCUCAUGCUACCAGCCGACAGCGCGCGCCGGUGGCACGUGCACGAACUAGAAAUGGUUGAAGUGGUGGCGGAUCAAGUGGCUGUCGCGCUCUCGCACGCGGCCAUCCUAGAAGAAUCCAUGCACGCGCGGGAUCUUCUCAUGGAGCAGAACGUGGCUCUCGACCACGCGCGGGCGCAAGCCGAGAAAGCCAUCCGCGCGCGAAACGAUUUCCUGGCUGUUAUGAACCACGAGAUGCGCACGCCCAUGCACGCCAUCAUCGCUCUCUCCACGCUUCUCCAGGAGACGGAGCUGACUCCGGAGCAGCGCAGCAUGGUUGACACGGUGCUGAAAUCCAGUAAUCUCCUCGCGACGCUCAUUCACGAUGUGCUAGACCUCUCCCACCUGGAAGACGGUAGCAUGCUGCUGGACGUCCGCACGUUCAACCUCCACGGCACCUUCCGGGAGGUGGCAUCGCUGGUGAAACCGGUCGCGUCGGUGAAAAAGCUGGGAGUGACGCUAAGGUUGCAGUCGGACGUGCCGGAGUUUGCGGCCGGGGAUGAGAGGAGGCUGCUGCAGACGGCGCUGAACGUGGUGGGCAAUGCCGUGAAGUUCACGCGGGAUGGAAGCAUUACGAUUACUGUGUGCCUGGAGCGGCCGGAGUUUCAGCGCGACAAGAACUUUCCGAAGUUUGUGCCGGUGGUGGCGCUGGGAGACAAGCAUUACUACAUCCGCGUGCAGGUGAGCACCCCUUCCGCUGAAGGAUCAGAGGAACUGUUGGCUGCUGAGCUGAACCGUGGCUCCCCGUGCCUUUUCUCCCCUUCUCCACUCGCCUCUGCCCCCUCUCGUGUCCUCGAGCAGGUGAAGGACACGGGCGUGAAGGACACAGGAGUGGGGUUGAGGCAGGAGGACCAGAGGAAGCUGUUCAGCAAGUUCGUGCAGGCAGACGCCACCACCACUCGCAACUACGGGGGCACUGGUCUGGGACUCGCUAUUUGCAAGCGCUUCGUGAGCAUGAUGGGCGGCCAUAUCUGGGUGGAGAGCGAGGGGCCGGGCAAGGGCACGACGGUGACGUUUGUGGUGCGGCUGGGGCUGCCAGAGAAGGCCGACGACCGCAGCAAGGCGGGCAACGCGGGGCAGAAGCAGGCUGCUGGCGGCGCUGGUGGGGCCACCAAGGCGGUGGACUUCACAGGGCUCAAAGUGCUCGUGUGUGACGAUAACCAUGUGAACCGCAUGGUGACCAAGCGUAUGGUCACACGUCUGGGCUGCGAGGUCACCGUGGUGGGGUCGGGCCGCGAGUGCCUGGCGGCUCUUGCAGGGCCAGGCCAUGGCUUUAAGGGCCUCGCGGCUCUUGCCUUUCAGGGAUAUGAUGCCCAGGUGUGCUGCCCCCAACUGCCAGCACCGUCUAUCUGCUGUUAUCUCCUUGCGAACACCACUCUCUCCCUCUCCAACCCCCCUCCCCGUGUACCCCUUCCUCCUUACCAACAGGUGCUGCUGCAGGAUCUGAUGAUGCCGGACAUGGACGGCUACGAGGUGGCCAAGCGGGUGAUCGACCGCAUCAAGAACCUGGAUGAGCGGCCGCGCAUAGCAGCGCUGACAGCCAACACGGACCAGGCCACCAAGGACUGGUGCCUCAGCAUCGGCACCCAGGAGCACGCUGCCUCCAACUGCCAGCACCGUGCUGCUGCAGGUUUUGAUGAUACCGGAUAUGGACGGCUACGAGGUGGCCAAGCGGGUCAUCGACCGAAUCAAGAACCCCGACGAGCGGCCGCGCAUAGCAGCGCUCACAGCCAACACGGACCAGGCCACCAAGGACCGCUGCCUCAGCAUCAACCUUUUUCCUCCGAACCUUCCUGCUCCCCCUCUUUUCCCCACCAACAGGUGCUGCUGCAGGAUCUGAUGAUGCCUGACAUGGAUGGUUAUGAAGUUGCAAAGAGGGUCAUCGAUCGAAUCAAGAACCCCGACGAGCGCCCGCGCAUAGCAGCCCUGACAGCCAACACGGACCAGGCCACCAAGGACCGGUGCCUCAGCAUCGGCAUGGACGGGGUCAUCACCAAGCCCAUCUCGCUCGAGAAGAUGCGCAUUGUGUUCACGGAGCUCAUGACUCUCGGGAAGAUCGUGUCCGAUCCCAAGGCUUAA